AUGAGCAUUCCGCCGCUAUACCUUGCUCUCCAGAGAAGCCUUGCUGUCCCGUUUGGGGGGCACAGGGAGAAGGGCGCAGCGCUGGCCUGGGGAAGGUUCCUGGCAGCUCUGCGAAGUGCGGCGCUGCCCCGUGGGGAAAACGGGGGCAUGCGCACGGCCCCCCUCCCGCCCCACUACACCCACCAACCCUCUCGCCUUGCGCCUCACCCUCACCUCUCCCACACCCCCCACCUUGGCAACAGCUGGCGCGCUCCGUACCCCUCGCUGAUCAAAUCGUGUCCGUCACAUUUCUCCUAA